GUUUACAGUUAUGCGCUAAUAUCUUAAGAACAAAAACUUUAUAAUUUGUCCUAUGUUAAAAACGAGUUAUCAAUAAAGUUUAUGUUCCAUGAAAAGUGAUCCACGUGCUAGAUAAUGUUGUGAUAGGUUAAUUAAUGAGUUUUAAGAAGCAACAAAACAGAAAUAUCGAAAUGGAAAACUACAGAUUCGGAACCAUUGACUAUAUCGUAUUUCUGGGCGUGACGGUUAUAUCGACCGGAACGGGCAUAUAUAUUGGUGCCUUAAAAAAACCAAAAGAAACACUUAAAAAGGUUAACAUUUCCGAACCACAAAAUCUUUUAGAUAGCAGUGGAAAAAGAAAUGUAAGUCCGUGCAAGAUAGACGAAUUUCUUAUGGGUUCCCGAAAUAUGACUGUGGUUCCGGUAGCCCUAAGUCUAAUUGGAAGUUCCUUAUCGGGCGUUACCAUUAUAGGCACCCCACCGGAGAUUUACCAUUAUGGCACCCAAUAUUUUUUCAUCAUCCUAGCCAUUUUCCUGCAAGGAUUUGCCGUUUCCUAUGUUUUUCUACCCGUGUACUGGGCCCUCAAAAUUAGCUCUGCAUACGAGUAUCUGGAAAUGCGCUUCCAUCGGAGUGUUAGGAGCAUUCUUUCUUUCAUUUAUGUUUUGUCUACAAUAACAUAUCUACCAUUCCUUAUUUAUCUUCCGGCGUUAGCUUUGAAUCAGGUUUCUGGCAUUAAUGCUCACCUGAUUGAACUGGUUAUGAUAUUCUCUUGCGUUAUGUACACUUUUGUGGGAGGUCUUAAAGCUGUAGUUCACACAGAUGUCUGGCAAGUGGUUGUUAUGUUUCUUUCCAUGCUGACGAUUGCCGUUGUAUCAACAUAUUACUCCAGUGGCUUAGGCGCUAUUUUCGAGGAUGCGCAAAAUGGAGGACGUUUAAUAUGGGACAAUACUAGUCCCUCACUAUAUACUCGUCAUACAGUUUGGAGCGUUAUCAUCGGUAGCUUCUCAUUCUGGACAUCCAUAAAUGCCGUAGGUCAACAUAUGGUGCAGCGAUAUAUGUCACUGCCUUCGCUAAAGAAAUCCCGAGAAGCCUCCUGGCUUUACACCAUUGGAGUUUGUAUCUUUGUGGCUCUUUGUUGUUUCUCGGGAUUGUUAAUUUAUUCGAAGUACAAGGACUGCGAUCCAUUGAGUGCUGGAAUGAUUAUGAAAGAUGAUCAACUCCUACCGCUCUUUGUGGUCCAAAGUAUGGGCCAUAUUUAUGGAAUUCCUGGUUUGUUUAUAGCCGGAAUAUUUGGAGCUGGACUAAGUUCACUCUCCUCGUGUUUCAAUACUCUUGCAAUGGUUUUUUUGGAGGACAUAGUUCGAGGGUUCUUUAAGAUGCAUCCUAGCGAAAGAGUCUCAACAAUUUUGAUAAAAUCCAGCAUUAUUUUCCAGGGAAUUAUUGCCUUCCUUCUUGUAUUUCUUCUCCAGUCCCUGAGCGGCAUUCUGAGUGUUUGCAAUUCAAUUUCAUCCAUUACGGCUGGCAGUGCUUUUGGCAUUUUUACCCUUGGAAUGCUGGUUCCCUGGGCAAAUACAACAGGUACAGUGGUGGGUGGGAUAUUUAUUCUCUUAACAGCAUGGAUUUCUUUUGGAUCUCAAUUCGCCGCUGUAUCGGGACAACUUAAAUCUCAAAUGUUUCCUGUUUCUGUGGAGGGAUGUAUGGGAAACAUGACUAGCCCUCAAGAACUUUAUGUGGAUGAGGAUCAAGUGUUUCCAUUAUACCGUCUAUCCUACCACUGGGUAAAUCCAAUUGGAGUCGUCACAACCCUGGUUGUGGGAUCCUUGGUCUCUCUCAUAACAAAACCGACUGAUAUUAAGACAUUACGUUCGGAACUGAUAUCGCCAGUGAUUCAUAGAUUCCUGCCAAAGGAAUGUUUCGCAGAUCUUAGCGAUAAGAAUAACACACAACAAAACCUACUAUAAUAGUUUUGUAAAUAAUAAUAUAGAUUUAAUAGUAGGACAUUUUGUUAACAUUAAGAAUAUUUGUAUAAAUUUGUUAUUUGUAUAAAUAUUUUCAAUUUUUAAAAUACUUUUUGAAGUA